AUGACUCAGAUUUACGAACAAAAGGAUUUGACCCCCGAGCAAAUCGCACUCAUUAAGAGCACAGUGCCAAUCUUGGAACAAGCUGGUGAAACCCUUACCCAAAAGUUUUACACCAAGAUGCUUAGUGGCUACGAUGAAGUUAAGCCAUUCUUUAACCAAACAGAUCAAAAGUUGUUGAGACAACCAAAGAUUCUUGCCUUUUCUCUCUUGCAAUAUGCCAAAAACAUUGAAGACUUGACCCCACUCUUGGGAUUUGUUCAACAAAUUGUUGCCAAGCACGUUGGUUUGCAGGUUAAAGCAGAACACUAUCCCAUUGUUGGUACAUGCUUGAUUGAGACUAUGGGUGAACUCUUGCCCCCUGACGUGUGCACUAAAGACUUUGUCGAGGCUUGGUCCAUUGCCUAUGGCAACUUGGCUGCAAUCUUGAUUGACUUGGAGGCCAAGCAAUAUGCUCAAGAGCCAUGGCAGGAUUUCAAAGAGUUCAAAGUCACCAAGAUUGAAGAUGAGAAUGCCGAAGUCAAGUCGGUUUACUUUACUCCUGCUGACGGCUCAAAUAUUGGUGCAGCAAAACCAGGUCAGUACGUUUGUCUUCGUUGGAAGACGCCAGACUCUGAGUUUGAAAAAUCUAGAGAGUACUCCAUCUCGCAGAUCCCCAAAGACAAUGAGUAUCGUAUUUCAGUGAGAAGAUUGCCAGAUGGUAUCGUUUCUGGUUUUAUUCAUGAGACCUUAAAGGUUGGCGACAUUUUGAAAGUUGCACCACCAAAUGGUAAUUUUGUUUAUGAAAAGAAGGCACCAGUUUUAACCUUGUUGUGUGGUGGUAUUGGUAUCACACCAUUUAUUCCCAUCAUCCUGGCUGCUCUUGCUGAUGGGGUUGAAAAGAUUAAUUUGCUCUACUCUAACAGAAGCGAUGAGUCAAGAGCAUUUGGUUCUUACUUGUCGCAACUUUCCAAAACCAACCCAGGUAAAUUGAACAUUAUUGAGUACUUUAGCGAGGGCCACAAAUCAUCCAUUGAAGGCGCACAAGUAUUUGACAGAGCUCUUGAACUCUCUGACUUGGACGCAUACGUCUCAAAUGGCGAGGAUGUUUACUUGUUGGGUCCAAGACCAUACAUGAAGACAAUUAGGGAAUACUUGGGCAAGAAGAAUAUUGAUGUCAAGUUUGAAUACUUUGGACCAUAUGACCCAUAA